UUGAAUUUUUUGUCCGCUGCUUCGGGUAGACCUAUUUUGCAUGCAAAUUACAUGAAUAUCUUUAAAUAAAAAUCCAUAUUUUAAAUGAAAUAAUUUAUUUAUACCCAAAUCCUACCAAACUGACUCCAGAUCAGCACGUACACACAUGGACAUGGACUUUAAAAGCAGUGUAUAUGGUUUGGCACGGGCAUAUUUUGAGUUCUGAUAUUGGGCUGGGUUUUGAUUGGCCAUUGGGCUGGUUUUGUCACACAGACCUGGCAACCCUGCCACCGAGGAGCAUCUAAAAGAAACGGUGUCUGACCGACCAUGGGUUCGUCCUCCAGGUGAUAUUGUCUGAGCUGUAAAAACAAAGGCAUCUGUAGAAAAACAACACGAUGGGCUCCAGACUGAGCAGGCAGAGCAGCCUGGACAGUGACGAUUUCUCCAAAAAGCGACGCAAGCUUCUCGAUGGCUCCGGAGAGAGCGACAGGACCAGCCGAGGCGGCGGCGGCGACUUUCUGUUUGCACUGAUGUUGAAAACAGAUAAACUGCCUGGGAUGCUGCGGAGGACCAACCACAGCCCGUACAUCAGGCGAGUGGCGUGGAUCAAAGACAUCCAGAAGCUACUCCGCGAUCGCAGGACGGAGCAGGCGACCGACGUGCUCCGAUUACUGAGGAAGGAUCUUGGUUUGGAAGGCAACUCGCUCAAUGACAUCUUAUACAAAAACGCCGCCUUCCUCAACCUGGUGGACCCGAUCUCACACGAGCUGCUGCUCAGCCUGGCUCGAGAGAUGCAGUGUCCUAAGAAGGAUGCAGACACCAGAAAGUCUUCUGAUAAGAUUUGCAGACAGCUGAUCUACCAUCUGACCCCACACUCAAAGUGGCUGAGGCAGAGCAUGUCCAGACGGAAAUCCCAGGCCUGUCUCAAGACAACCCUCCAGAAAAAUCUGUCCAGUGACUCGGUCGACCUAUCGGGCGUGGCCUUGUCCGCCCGCGAUGUCCGACAAGUUGCCUUCUACCUCCAAAACAACAGAGACAGCGUGGUGGCCGUGGACGUCAGCUUCACUGAACUCCAGGACGAGAACCUGAAGAUUCUCCUGCCUCUUCUCGCAUCGUUGCCCAAACUCGGCAACCUGGCGCUCAACGGUAACCGCCUCACCCUGAUUAUACUCAAAGAGCUCACAGAGUUGCUCAAAGACCCCAAGAUGUUCUCCAGCCUGGCCUGGAUCGACCUGGGCAACAACGUGGAUAUUUUCACGAUGCCUCAGCCGCUGCUGGUCGCGUUGCGCCGCCGCUGUAGCCUGAAGAGCAGUUUACCGACUAUCUACGAGUACACGGCGGGUCAACCCUACUGUUACCACCUGGAGACGUCCAUCGAGGAGCCUAGCCUCGAGGAGGAGGAAGAGGCGGAUGAUGACGAGGAUGUCAUGGGGAACAAAUUUGAGCUGGAGCCGUGGAGUUUAGGGGAAAAGCAGCUCUCCAAAGACUUCACCCUUCACGACUGAGAGGUGAAGGGGUGCUCUCCCUCUGAGGCGCUUUCAACUGUGGUUGAAACGUGGUCCCACAGCACCGUGUUACUACCUCCUUCGUCCACUCGCCCUCACACCACCAGCCCAGUCACCCUUUGAGGCACAAGGGAGACCAUUGUCCCGUCCCAACACAGCUACCAGGCUAUUCCUAACCAUCUCUGAGUUAACCCACACAAGACGAAAAGGGAAGUGACGACGGCAGACUUACUGUGUUGGUGGAUGGUGCUCUUGGGAACAAGGUGCGGUUUCAUUGGAGGUUGGCUGGAAGAGUUAAUGAUCCAGUGGUCUCUCUCUCUCUCUCUUUUUCUCUUUCUCAAUCUCUCUCUCUCUCUCUCUCUCUCUGAUAGUGGCAGCUGAGGAGCCAAUCCCAAGGAGAUUUAGAUCAGUUGGUUGGAUGGAGGAGUAGCAUCGCGGCGGUGGCUGAAGUGGAACUCGAGUGAGUUUAGAAACACGGGGUCUCUCUGGAUUCUCUCCCAGGACUGAGUCUAUCUCUGGCAGGCAGGGCCCAGCUCCACAUUGUGUGUUCUCUGUUAAUCUCUCAACAAAAGCUAUGACACAAGUUCAACAGACUAUACAGCCGACGAACCGUCACGUGACGCCGGCAAAACUGCUGUCGAGAUUUUUUUUCCGUUUUCCCCCCCUUUCCAAAUGUCCACUUGUGAAUACCCGCGCAGCCCUUGUGUAGAUGUAAAUGAGGACACACACCAUGGUUCUCUUGUGUUUCCACGGGCUAUUUUGGUGCACUUUUGGUGAACAAAGCAAUCUUAGAAGACAACGGUAGGACUCAACAAUGGGUAGCUGUCGCUGAUUGUUUUUUGAUCGUCACCUCUUUGUAAUUGUUGAGCUGUUGUCGUCAUCACCGCAGUGUGUCAGUGCAUUUGUAACACCACAGCAAAGUGUUAAUAUGGGACACGGAGCAGUGCUGCCCGCCCUGCUGCCGUUUGUCUCUACAAACAUGUUGUCGUUUCCAUUUAUUGAUUGCGUACUUCAGUGGCCCUGUGUUUGUUAUGCGACACAGACUGUUAUCUCUUGAUUAUAGUCUGUCUACAGUAGCACAUGAUUAUUAAGUUAGACUGACUGAACACUUUAAGGGGAUUUUUUUUUUUUGUAUUUCCGUUUCUCCAGCAUAUACUUUGUGUACUAUAACUAGAGAUAUUUACAAAGCUGAAACAAUGCAUAACUCUUUAAGGUGAAAUUAUGUCCAUAUGGCUCAUGAUUGUUGAAAGAAUCAUUGACAAAACACAUACCCCCAUCAUCCAGAUAUAUAAUGAAUGUUUAAGUGUGUGUGGGUUAAAUGUGUUUGUAAAAUGUCUGAUUACUGCUGUCAUUAAUUGGGUUGUUGUUUUGGUGUUUCGUCUUGUGUCCGACUCUGUAAUUAUAAUAAUGACUCUAACUAUGAAACUGAAUGCAAUGAUCUCCUCCUGUAAGCCUAAACAGAAAACAAAGAAACAUACACGGCUGAAGGGAUUAUACAGAAAAACAGGAAAUAGUUCAGUCAAUGUGAAGUACACUCAGAGCGUACAACCUUCAUGUUGAAUGUUCCAUGUGAAUGAUGGAGAGCACUGUCCACUUGGUUCCUAGUUUAUGUUUCCUGAGUCAAUGUCAAACUUGUAGCCGCUGUGUACUUGUCUCAUGUCAAUCACUGACUGCCAAUAAAAGGACCAAUCACAACUGAAAA